AUGUGGCCUCAUUCUUUGAUCUAUCUUCUUCUUCUUCUUCUGUUUUCAUUUUCAUUAGCAUCUUCCUCCUAUGAAUCAACAACACCUCUUCAAAGAUUUCUAAGUUGUCUUCGAAUCCAAUCCUCACCCUCCAUUUCUAAUCUCAUCUACACUCCUCAAAACGCUUCAUUUUCAUCUGUUCUUCAAUCUUACAACAGAAACCUCCGAUUUCUAACCCCACAAACUCCUAAGCCUGUUGUCAUAAUCACGCCACUGAACCCGACCCAUGUCCAAGCCACCAUCCUCUGCGCCAAGCCCGUAGGCCUGGAGGUUCGAGUUAGGAGUGGCGGCCAUGAUUACGAGGGCCUUUCCUACCGUUCCACCGUCCCUUUUGUUCUUCUCGACAUGUUCAAUCUUCGUAACAUUGAUAUUUCUAAAGAAGCCACCAAUUACGUUGCGUGGAUUGAAGCCGGGGCCAUUGUGGGCGAACUUUACCAUCGUAUUGCUCAAUUCAGUCCCACUCUUGCGUUUCCUGCUGGGGUUUGUCCUUCCAUUGGCGUUGGCGGCCAUUUUAGUGGAGGCGGAUAUGGGAAUCUCAUGAGAAAAUAUGGACUUUCUGUUGAUAAUAUUAUCGAUGCUCUGUUUGUCGAUGUGAUUGGUGUGAUUCACGAUCGUAAGUCUAUGGGGGAAGAUUUGUUUUGGGCUAUUAGAGGAGGUGGGGCUGCUAGUUUCGGCGUUGUUAUUUCGUGGAAGAUCAAAUUAGUGUCAGUCCCUGACACUGUGACGGUUUUCAAUUUGAAACUGACAGUAGAACAGGGUGCACUCGAUGUGGCUCACCGUUGGCAAUCUGUGGCCCCUAAUCUACCGAAGGACUUAUUUAUUAGAGCAAUGCACAACGUAAUGGCGUCCGCUACAAACGAAGGGGAGUUCACAGUACAAGUUUCUUUUAUCGGAUUGUUCUUGGGAACUACUGAAUCACUCAUUCCUUUGAUGAACAAGUAUUUCCCUGAAUUGGGUUUAAACAAAAGUGAUUGUAGCGAGAGAAAAUGGGUUGAAUCGACUCUGUUUUGGAAUAAUUCCCCUGAAGGGAGCAAUAUAGACACUCUGCUCAAUAGACCCAAGAAUGGUUCUGUUUUCUUCAAGAGUAGAUCUGAUUAUGUGAAGAAGCCGAUCUCGAAGGAAGGGAUUUCAGCGAUUUGGCGAACUAUGAUUGGAUUUGAGAAUACCCAUUUGGUGAUGCAAUGGAAUCCAUAUGGAGGAAAAAUGUGGGAGAUUGAAGAAUCCGCUACUCCAUUUCCACAUAGAGCUGGGAAUUUGUUUUUGAUUCAGUACCCAUUGGCCUGGGUAGAAGAAGGAAUUGAAUCUGCGAAUUUUUAUAUGAACAUGUCGAAGAGCUUGUAUAAUUUCAUGACUCCGUUUGUGUCGAGAUCUCCCAGAGAAUCGUUUUUGAAUUACAGAGAUCUUGACAUUGGGGCGAAUCUAGGGAGUGAAACCAAUUACAGGGUUGCAGAAGAAUGUGGGCGGAAGUAUUUUAAACGAAACUUUGAUCGAUUGGUAAAAGUGAAGACGAUGGUGGAUCCUGAUAAUUUUUUUAGAAAUGAACAGAGUAUUCCUCCAUUGCCCAAAGGAAAAUUUGUUUGA